AUGAAUCUUUUACCAGAUUCUCCAAUAAAUACUCCGUACGUCGAAAUUCACAGUCACGACACUCCAUCACGGGACUCUGAAUCUUCUCGACUGCUCAAUGUCCAAAUGACUUAUGGGUUUAAAAGUGAUGCUGGUUAUCGCCCGGCAGUUUACCAAACAUUUGACUCUGCCAGUACACAAAUAAACUCAACAACUGAUAAUAUAAAAAUUCACAAUCACAAUCAUAAUUACUCAUCAUCAUCAAUAACAACCGAAUCAAAUCAACCUUCCCCAGCAUAUUCGCCAAUAUGCAACAAAACUUACGACAUUUUACCCUCAGAAACGAGUGAGAAUGAUAAAUAUUAUAAUUACAGUGAUAACAAUCCAGUAGAAAUAAAUUCUUCCACAAAUUAUGAGUUGCCUAUCAGUAACACUGAUGAAGAAAAAAAUUUAAAUAAUCACUCGAGUAGUUGCGAGUCAAAUAAUUACGAUUACAAUGAAAUUUAUUCCCCAGAUAUUUUAAAUGACGAUGAGAAAAAACUGUUGAGUCUCGAUAGCAUUGAAAUAAAAAGUAUAAUAAAUAGUAAUAGCAGCGAUAAUUCGAUAGCUACUUCAAUAAAAAGUGAUGACGAUAUUGAUAAUGAAUUGAGUGGAUGUGAUAUCGAGCAGUGCCUAAUGCAAAUUGAAGAAAGCCUACUAAAUAUUGAACAAAAUUUACUGCACGUUCAAAAUCUUGAAAUACCACAGCUUAAUAAUUUAUUGAAUAAUCGUUUUAUUAUAAAUAAUCACAAUAGUAAUAACGAUAAUCAUAAAAAAAAAUUAAAUGGUCUAAAUUAUAAACGGCCUUGUAGUGAAAAUUCAAACAGUGUGUCAAGUUCGUCGUCAAUUAAUUGCAGAAAAACAUCAUCGCAGGGUGCUAUUGAAAAGUAUAGGCGUGAUAAUGAAUUUAAAGUGCGAAAAAAAAAACUUAAGGUUUGUAGAAGUAUUAAUAUAUCGAGUGAUGGUUUAUUCGAUGACAUUAAUUGCAAGAAGAGUGACAAGUUACGAAAAAAAUUCAAAACUAUCGCAACUACUAAGGACAUUAUGAUGUCGUUUAAGAAAUUAAAAGUUAGUGACAAUGGGAGUAAAAGUAGAAAUUUUGUUAUUAAAGACAUUGAUGAUAAUUUGCGGGAAGAGAGUAAAGGUGAUGAUGAUAAAAAAAAAUUGAUUGAUAAUAACAAGUGCGCGAAUAAAAAUAAAUCGCUGCAAUCUCAUGAUAAUAAUGCCCUUGUACCCAGUAAAUUAUUGUCAUUGUCUUUUUCAUUGUUAUUAGCGGCUUUACUUCAAGCGGUGCGUUGUCUUGCUGACAUUGUUGAGGAUACAUUUCGCUCAGUAACUUUUGAUAAAUAUGCAUUACAUGAAUAG